AUUUGGAUUUUAAGUUAAAACACUCUGGUUUGGUUUGGCAGAAUCGCAGCAUCACGAGAAGAUGGAAAGCGGGAAAGCGCCGCAUCACGAUAUGGGAGGAACGCCGCCGGCGGCCAAUGUCUCCGGCACACACUUGCAUCUGAUCCACAUGACCUUCUUCUGGGGCAAGAACGCUGAGAUUCUCUUCUCCGGUUGGCCCGGAACAAGCUCCGGCAUGUAUGCUCUCGCCUUGAUCUUGGUCUUUGUCGUCGCCCUGCUCCUCGAGUGGCUCUCUCGCUCAAGCCUCCUCAAACCCGGCCCACACAAUGUCACCACGGGUCUCCUCCAGACGGCGUUGUACGCCAUUCGCUCCGGCUUCAGUUACAUGCUCAUGCUCGCCGUCAUGUCCUUCAACGGCGGCAUUUUUCUCGCCGCCGUCGCCGGUCACGCGCUGGGUUUCUUGAUUUUCGGGAGUCGGGUCUUUAAAAAAACGGGUGUGACGGCUUCAGAUGAGCGGUCGGAUGCCCCUUUGAUGAAGUGAUGGUGUGUUUGGUUAGUUGGAAAUUGAAUGCCAAAAUUUAGUAGGAAAAAGAAAAAUCAGUGGUUCAAAAUGCGCAUUCUAAAUACAAUCUUUUUCUGUUUUCCUUUCCAUAAUCAAUCGGCCUUUCAAUUGGGUUUCUAAUAAAACAAAAUGAAAUCAAAUGAAGGAAAAGAAAUAAAAUCAAGAAAAUACAGUCGGGUGUUUGUGUUUGUGUUUGUUUGUUCCACCUGUGAAUGCAAAAUAGAUUAUUAAAUUAGCAUUUAGGAGUGUGUCAGUCCAACUUGGUUAGAUUCAAUACUGUUGGUUCACGGGAUCAAUACCCCAUUGGCCGUACUCUUAUCUUCCAGGUUGGACUUCUGCUACAGUCCUUGUAAAGCUUUCCAAUUAAUAAAAUAUGCAUGAUCUUAUCAAACUUUA